AUGAAAGCGGCGGUGUUGUGUUUCCUUCCGUUGGCCUUGGUCUUGGCCACUUUUGCCGAGAAGGGCAACUGCAACCGAACGUGCGGCAACCUGAACGUGCCUUUCCCAUUCGGGCUCAGCGAAAGUUGCGCGUGGAACCCCAAACUCGCCCUCAAAUGCGACCCCACAUCCGGGGAACUGAUCCUCGGCAACAUUCCGGUGUACAACAUAUCUGUGGAGGACGGGACGAUGACCAUUGGCCAUUACAUAGCAUACGACUGUCGUGACGAGAGUGGCGGUCGCCUCAAUGGUUCUCGCCCUAAACCAUGGUUCAGAUUGGGCAAAGACGGGCACUAUACAGUCUCGGACACCCGGAACAAGUUCACUGUCUUUGGUUGCGACACAUGGGCUCUUUUCUUAGACGCUACCAAGAAAUCCGGGAGUGGAUGCCUCUCCUAUUGCCGCGAGGACGUCGACUUCACAGCCGAGAGUGCUUGCUCCGGCCUCGGGUGCUGUCAGACGUCGAUCCCCAAGAGCCUGAGGAGCCUUCGUAUAAAUAUGAGCAGCUCAACGAAUUACUCCGAAGUUCGGCACUUCAGCUCUUGUGGAUCGGCAUUCGUGGUGGACCAGGAGACGUUUAAUGUCUCCGAUUACAAGCUCCCUGUCCCGGAUGAUUUGCAACUCAAAAAUUACUUGCCACGCAAAAAUUACUCACAGGUUGUCCUGGAUUGGGUAGUUGAACGGAAUUUGACCUCCUGGGUACACGGGAAUCCUAUGCCCCCGCUGUCCCCAAACUCCGCAGGAUGUGAAGAUAUCAACGAAUUCAACGAUCCAGGGAGAUAUCCAUGUCAUGGGAAUUGCAAGAACACAGCUGGGAACUACACAUGCGACUGCCCGUUUGGCAGGGAGGGUGAUGGCAAAGUUAGUUGUCAAAUCUCUCAUCAUGUCAUAAUCGCUGCAGUCAUUGUAGCAGUAACGUUGGGCAUAGUUGUUAGUGGCCUGGUCUUGCUCAUAUGCAAGAGGAGGGCUAAAGAGAGAUACUUUAGGCAAAAUGGAGGAGAGAUCUUGAAGAACCAGAGAGUGAAAAUCUUCGAUGAGGCAAAGUUGGCUAAAGCCAUCAACAACUAUGAUGCUAGCAACAAGCUCGGUGAGGGUGGUUUUGCUUCAGUUUACAGAGGAAGAAUCGAUAGCGACGUUUUAGUCGCAAUCAAGAAGCCUAAAGAUGUCCUUGUCAAGAAGCCAAAGGACAUGAACAAAGACAGCUCUCUGAGCACUCAUGCUGAAUUCCUGCACGAAAUCCACGUCAUUUCCCAGGUGAAUCACAGGAACUUGGUCAAGCUCCUGGGCAUAUGUUUGGAGACAAAAGUGCCAUUGUUGGUCUAUGAAUACAUCUCCAAUGGGACUCUCUAUCACCACAUUCAUGACAAGAGAUCAACGGUCUUGCACUCGUGGAAGAAUUGCCUUAGGAUUGCCUUGGAAGCUGCCUCGGGCCUUGAGUACUUGCAUUCCCUGGCCGACCCACCAAUCAUUCACGGCGAUGUUAAGUCUCUGAAUAUACUUUUGGAUGAGAAAUACUCUGUUAAAAUAUCCGAUUUCGGAGCCUCGGUUUUGAUUUCACCCGGAAAGACUCAUACAACCGAAAGAAUACAAGGCACAAUAGGCUAUCUCGACCCUGAGUAUCUCACCAAUGGGGAAUUAACCACAAAGAGCGAUGUCUAUAGUUUCGGGGUCGUCCUUGUGGAGCUCCUUAUCGGAGAGACACCGACUCAGCAUGCAAAAUCUAGGGAAAAAAUCAACAUUAUCCGAUCUUUCAUCUCUGCUGUGGAGAACCGAACGCUCCUCCAGAGGAUAAAUUUUGAGGCAUCCGAUGAAGCUGAAGUGCGGGAGAUCGAGGCAGUCGGUUCGCUUGCUAGAAGGUGCUUGAAUUAUAAUGGCGUGAGUAGGCCAACAAUGUGGGAAGUGGCCGAGCAACUAGCCAGGAUCAACAAGAAAUUGUGGGCGGAUCAACGGAACAACGAGGAGACUCAAAGUCUACUCGACGAGACAAGACGUGAUUCUCUCUGGACCGCAGCCAGUGCAAUGAACGAACCGGAGUCAACUGAUCUUUUGGUAUUCGACAUUGAAGCGGACACAACCACUUCUAGCGUCUGAUUCAUGGUUUCUAGCGUGGGGAUAUGUACAAGAAACAAAACCAAUGGUCGUAUGUUCGUCCUUGAUCUUUUGAUUAAGUUCCCGAUUAAUUAGCUAUUUAAAAGCUUUUAUAAGGGGUGAUUCUAUUUUAAAUUAAGUACGGGGAUUAUGCAUGAUUGUACUCACUUCUGUUCUAGCUAUAGAUUGCAAAGCUAUGAGGAAUAGCC